GCUGUAUACCAAGGCUGAUAUCAGCUCAUCUAAAAUGAGAUUAUUCCUGAUAUUUAUUUUUUCUCUGAGGGGAGAAAAGAUUUUCUGCAUCUUGGACUGUCAAUGCUGGUCCAGACUCAUGAAAUCUUUCAACCCUGAUUGUAUAUUAAAUAAAACUCGAGCUGGUGAACAUACUGUAAAAAAACACCUUCAUAAUGUGUGCAACUUCAUAAUGUGUGCAAAAUCUUCUCUCUCGUGGAAUUCUUGUUCUUUUCCGGUAAUGGGAUCAUGUGAGUAGAGAAUGGCAACACCCUUUUCAACCCAAUGGCACACUUCCCAAUGGCAAACUUGAUACUUGCUGAGCUCUUAGCUUGUCACCUUUGUCUUCUGCCCUCUGAUCUACACAUAAUUAUUAUACGUACUUUCACGUAAUUUUGGUUGGUCAUUAUUAUCAUACCUGAAUUAUAAAAUUGAACCGUUAGGAUCGGUUCGUUAAAGUAUAUUUGUAGCGGAAGCCAUGGUUUGAACUUGUUUCUUGAGCCAUUUGUUGUAUGAAAACGAAAGUCUCAAUCAAAGAGGUCGGUCUGCUUGCUGAGGCACUUGGUGGUUUCAAGGAGUCAAUGUUUUUCGCUAAGCGUUCUUUUAUAGAAUAUGAGCGACAAACAAAGCAGAAGCAUAAAGAUCACAGCUUAAACAAGACCAUUCGCUGUAGUACCUUACGUAACUUUCCUUCGAAGCAUAUUACAAUAAUGAUCGCUUAAAACGAUUUGACUUAGGGUUGUGUACACGGAAUCAGCUGACAUUGUUAAAAAGGUUCGACAAUCUGCAACAAAGAUGUGGACACUGGCUACUUUCCUUCCUCUAUUGAUUGGAGACCUCGUUCCUGAUGACUGUGAACAUUAUGCCCUAUUUCAUAUGCUAGCCAUGGCAUGGCGGUUACGUAUUUGCUUUUUAAAGAACACCACAAGACUAACAGCACUAUAAUCCCUAUGUGACAGGCUCUGCCAUAUUGGAGCAGGCUACAAUUGUUGAGAUCGACAGUUCUUGUUGGAGGGCCCAUUGUUGGAGGGCCCAUUGCAACUAAUCUAUUGCAACUAAUCUCUUUGAGGUGGAGCAAUGUCCAAUGUCCCUGUUUCACUGUUUCCAUGUACUAACCUCUUUGAGGUGCUUGAGGGUAGCAGUCAGUCUUUCGGAACCCAGGGAACCCAGGGACUCUACCGGUGGCAGCAUAGUUCAGUUAGUGGGUGCGUGCUUGUUGCCGUGUAUCCGCUCGCGUUGUGCGUACAGGUAAGCGUACCUGUAUUAUUUUUAGCAGGAGUACGCAUCAUGAAAUUCAUACACAAAAAUUGGUAUUUGCGUGUAUUUGCGUGUGGAUUUCUCGAUGUGUAAAAAUGGACAAUACGUAAAUGCACAAAUGCACAAUACCUACUAGGAGAAUGUAGAACAUUGUGGGGCGAGCGUAAGAAAACAUGCUUGUUUUACGAAUUAAAAGAAAUAUGUUGUAUUUAAAUUCAAGGUUAUUAAUUUAGUAUACGUAGUAGAAGCAUUUUACAUUCGCACUGGUAGUUAUCAAGGUCGCGUAACUGACAGUACCAUUAUAAGAACUGUGCAGAGAUUAGGUUGUCAGCAGUGACUUCGGCUUCAUCUAUUUCAGCAAUUUCUGCUACAUUGUUUGGCCAAAUACGUCCAAUGUAAGAAUACGUCCAAUGUAAGAUAGUUUCCACUUGGUGGAAGUCGGUAGAUUUAAGGUCCCAAAAGCAAAUCAUUGUGCCGGUCCAUGACGUAUGGAUACAUACCGACAAAAUUGCAACGGUGGAAGUCGGCAAGGAUCAUGAGUCCCAAAAGCAAAUCAUUGUGCCGGUCCAUGACGUAUGGAUACAUACAUACAUACAUAACAUACAUACAUACAUACAAGAAAUACAUACGCAAAUACACACAAGUAUUUUUAGUGCGUGCGUGUGUUAUGUAUGUUAUGUAUGUGUGUAUGUGUAUUUGAUACGCAAAAUGGAUAAACUGUUCUUCCUCUCUGCCACUACGUGUCGAGAUUGAACCACCACACCAUCGCUACGAUUAGUGCAGGCCGGCCGAAAUUUGAAAUUUGUCCCAAAAGAGCCAUAUCGAGUUCCUCGUGUGAGAAAUUUAAGUUUUGCGAUUAUCGAAUUGAUCAACCCGUGCAAUUGAUCAACCCGUGCAAAUUAAGUUCAAUGCAUCUUUAGCCCGUGUGUGCGUGGCAAAGAGAAUAUAUAUUUCUCUUGUAAAAGUAGUGUGUGUGUGUGUGUGUGUGUGAGAAUAUACAGUCCCCUAAGCUUAACACAACUGAGCUUGAGCUAGCUAGAGCAGAGUUUUUAUACUGAUUGGAGAGUCAGACCACACCUAAGUUUCCUGGGCAUGCGUACUGUGACUUAUUAUAAUGCAUGCUACAUAAUAGUGCAUGCUACAUAAUAGUACAAGAGAAGUUUCUCACUAUAUAUUCAGCCAACAUCACCAGCAGAAACUUGAUCAGCAGAAACUUGAUCACACUUUAUGAUCACACUCUAUGAUCACACUAUAAAAUACCAGGUAGAAGAUGGUUUCAAUACAGAUUUUCUUCGUGAUAGUAUAAUUAUUGUGCUGCUCAGCAGAGAGGUCUUUCAGUGGUCUGAAGAGAAUGAAUGAAGACAGCAUUACGAUCACACAGACUAUUUCUAUUUCUAUAUACACAUACACUGUGUAUAGUUGUAUAGUAGAUAUUGAUAUAAUACAUGAGUCAGUUAGGCAAUGCCUUUGUAAUUAUGCGCAGUAAAGCAUGGGUGUGGCGGCUUCCAGUGCGUGGGCAGGACCCAAAAAUUUAGCGCUAUCGCGCGACCUGAGCACCCUCCUACUGAUAUUUCUAGAAACGCCACAGUGUGUGAGCUAGACUGUUGUAUAGGCAGAGAGAUUAUAAUUCAGUGACUACUACUACUUAUGUCCCUUCCCUUGUGCGUUCACAGUGUGCGCGCACUGUGAACGUGUAUAGAACGGAUGUCAGUACGUCAGUGUGUGAGUUCGUAUACUACUAGGUGUGUGUGUGUGUACGUACACACACACACACCAAGUAGUACACCAAGUAGUACACACAAUUAGAAAAUCUGUCAACCUAAUGUGUGGGCGUGGCCUUCCCCCCAGCAAGCACGCGCGCUAAACAUAAGAGUUUGUAUACUGUCUGCAAAUAGAGUAUAAUUAUGCUUUAUAGGUGGAUCUGUUUGAAACUGAGUUUGCAUACUACUACUAUAUCCUACUGGUGCAUGCAUGUGUGUGGCAUUAUGUACAAUUCACGUAGAACUGGAACUGUGUGUGAGUCCUGGAAGAGAUUGUUAGAGGAACUGUGCGUGGUCUGUUACGAUAUUGAACUGGAACUGUGUGUGAGUGCUGGAAGAGAUUGUUAGAGGAACUGCUGAACUAUAGAGGGUAAUUGCGUCCUGAAGAGAUUGGUGAGUUUGUAUACUACUACUGGUGUGGCAUUAUAUAUAAUUCACGUAUAAACUGUGUGUGACGAGAUUGGUGAGUUUGUAUACUACUACUACUGGUGUGGCAUAGUUAGAGGAACUGUGUGUGACGAGAUUGGUGAGUUUGUAUACAACUACUGGUGCAUGUGUGUGGCAUUAUAUAUACUGAUUACGGAUUGGUGAGUGUGUGAGUUUGUAUACUGUGUGGAUAACCCAGUAUGCGUAGCAAGAGCGUAUAUUUUAUGCUCUUGUAAAAUCAUUGGUGAGUUUGUAUACUACUAUACUUGGUGUGCGUGACAGAUAAUUCAUGUGCUGUGUAGAAGUAUAAAAUAGUACUACUUGGUGUGUGCGUGUGUGUAUUCACCAGAUAGAAUAAUUACAACUGUCGAGUUUAUGAUUUAGGUAUCUAUGAUAGUGCGCACAUGCUUUACCGGCCAAGCUUAGCGUUUACCAGCGUACGAGUGGUAUUUUAAUUCAACAAACACAUACGCAGCGCAGUAUGGAUGGCUCCAUCAGACAAGAGUUUCUCGAAAUCGACAAUAUGGACGAAUCCACCCGACUAAUAAAACUGGCGAAGGUGGACAAACUCGUGGAGUUUUCCAGCAGAGGAUGUUCUUGCGGAGGGUGCAGGGAAUGCAAGGCUCCUGCGUUGCGUCAACGAACGGUUGACGCAACUCCUGCAAGCCACGAAUCAAAGCCUCUUAAAAAUGGCAGGCUGCGAUUUCGGUGUAAGCACCACAGUGAUUUGUCUCGUGUAUUAUAGGUUGCACAGAGGACAUCCAAUGUCCAAAUUCGCGUGGAUGGGGCGCUCGACUCACCCAAGUUGAGCGACUACAUCAUGGCCGGACGCCAAUUGAGCAAACAACCAGUACCACCCCCCAAGAAAGUAUCCACCCACCCACAUCCCGCCCACCAGGAAGUAAUCCAAACCCACACCCUACCCAAGAAUGCCCACCAGGAAGUACUACCCACCCACACCCCACUCAAGAAUGUACACAAGGAAGUACCACCCCCCAAGAAAAAGAAGAAAGUAUCCACCCACCCAGUAUCCACCCACCCACAUCCCACCCACCAGGAAGUAAUACCAACUGACCAAACCCACACCCUACCCAAGAAUGCCCACCAGGAAGUACCACCCCCCAAGAAGAGGAAGAAAGCAUCCAAGGACAAGGAAGUGGAAGUAAUACCAACUGACCAAACAGAAGAAUAAGUGAGAUCCUACUACUAUCACACGAACAUUAACAUGCAUUCGAAUGACCCACGUCUCCACGAAAUUGUAACACCCGUUAAUGUCCCUGAUGCAAACUACAACUAGAUGUACAUGCACACUCGUUCAUUACAGUGUCUUACGAUAAAUAUUUUUCAGGCACUCUCUAAGACACUGCUUAGCACCAAUGUGAGUCC